AAUAGGAGCCGCGCUGGCUGGAGAGUAAUGUUACAGAGCGGAGAGAGUGAGGAGGCUGCGUCUGGCUCCCGCUCUCACAGCCAUUGCAGUACAUUGAGCUCCAUAGAGACAGCGCCGGGGCAAGUGAGAGCCAGACGGGCACUGGGCGACUCUGUGCCUCGCUGAGGAAAAUAAUUAAACAUGGGCAAAGGAGAUCCUAAGAAGCCGAGAGGCAAAAUGUCAUCAUAUGCAUUCUUUGUGCAAACUUGCCGAGAGGAGCAUAAGAAGAAGCACCCAGAUGCUUCAGUCAACUUCUCAGAGUUUUCUAAGAAGUGCUCAGAAAGGUGGAAGACCAUGUCUGCUAAAGAGAAAGGAAAAUUUGAAGACAUGGCAAAGGCGGACAAGGCCCGUUACGAAAGAGAAAUGAAAACUUAUAUCCCCCCUAAAGGGGAAACAAAAAAGAAGUUCAAGGAUCCCAAUGCACCCAAGAGGCCUCCUUCGGCCUUUUUCUUGUUUUGUUCUGAGUAUCGCCCAAAAAUCAAAGGAGAACAUCCCGGCCUAUCCAUUGGUGAUGUUGCAAAGAAACUGGGAGAGAUGUGGAAUAACACUGCUGCAGAUGACAAGCAGCCUUAUGAAAAGAAGGCUGCUAAGCUGAAGGAAAAAUAUGAAAAGGAUAUUGCUGCAUACCGAGCUAAAGGAAAGCCUGAUGCAGCAAAAAAGGGAGUUGUCAAGGCUGAAAAGAGCAAGAAAAAGAAGGAAGAGGAGGAAGAUGAGGAAGAUGAAGAGGAUGAGGAGGAGGAGGAAGAUGAAGAAGAUGAAGAUGAAGAAGAAGAUGAUGAUGAUGAAUAAGUUGGUUCUAGCGCAGUUUUUUUUUCUUGUCUAUAAAGCAUUUAACCCCCCUGUACACAACUCACUCCUUUUAAAGAAAAAAAUUGAAAUGUAAGGCUGUGUAAGAUUUGUUUUUAAACUGUACAGUGUCUUUUUUUGUAUAGUUAACACACUACCGAAUGUGUCUUUAGAUAGCCCUGUCCUGGUGGUAUUUUCAAUAGCCACUAACCUUGCCUGGUACAGUAUGGGGGUUGUAAAUUGGCAUGGAAAUUUAAAGCAGGUUCUUGUUGGUGCACAGCACAAAUUAGUUAUAUAUGGGGAUGGUAGUUUUUCAUCUUCAGUUGUCUCUGAUGCAGCUUCUACGAAAUAAUUGUUGUUCUGUUAACUGAAUACCACUCUGUAAUUGCAAAAAAAAAAAAAAGUUGCAGCUGUUUUGUUGACAUUCUGAAUGCUUCUAAGUAAAUACAAUUUUUUUUAUUAGUA